ACUUGAUUUUGCUAAAAAAGUGAAUAUUGACAUCGUGAUGUGUAGGGCUAGAGUAUCUACACAAAGGUUGCAAUCCACCUCUCAUCCAUAGGGAUGUGAAGGCAACCAACAUUCUAUUGAAUGCGAUGUUGGAGGCGAAGAUUGCUGAUUUCGGUUUGUCCAAGGCUUUUAAUCGCAACAAUGACACUCAUGUUUCCACAAACACACUUGCUGGCACACCUGGAUACGUUGAUCCAGAGUACUUAAUGACAAUGCAACCCACAACCAAGAGUGAUGUUUAUAGCUUCGGUGUUGUGUUGUUGGAGUUGGUCACAGGGAAGCCAGCCCUACUACGGGACCUAGAUAACACUAGCAUUAUCCAAUGGGUACAGCAGCACCUGGCACGAGGCAACAUCGAGGAUGUGGUGGAUGCACGCAUGCAUGGAGACCAUGACAUUAACAGUGUGUGGAAGGUUGUGGACAUCGCACUCAAGUGCACCAUGCAGGAGUCUAUACAUCGACCCACAAUGACUGGCGUGGUGGCAAUGUUGCAAGAGUGCAUUGAACUUGAAAAUAGACAUCUGAAAGACUACGCGGCCAAUAGUGAAAACCACAACUCAAGUUAUAAUACAUACGGUGUUGACCAAUCCACUAAUGUGAUCCAGAGUAAUGAUGCGUUUGAAGUUGGGCAUAACAUUGCAAGGGUCCCAACAAUGGCCACUGGUCCUGUUGCACGAUGAAGUUACUUUGUUUUCUUAUUUGUCCCAAAUGCCAAUUGUUUUUUACGGAUAUGUAUUGGCCUUACGUGUGCUACAUUGGCAAGAAAUAUAAAGUAUUUCCAUUAUAAAAAGUUGUGUUUACCAUGUUUUUGUCAUAUGGAGUUCUACAAGUUUCCUCGUGAAGUUAUUUUUAAGAGCAAGUGCAGAUUUAAGGCUUUUGAUUAUAACAUGUCCAAUUAAGAUGUUCGAGCAUUUAACAU